GUCCCAAAUGGACCGGUUUAGCAGACACAACGGCAGUCGACCGGUGCUAUUGGUAGCGUUACUUCUAUUAUUUAUUGCAGAAUUGGAAUAUGUGGCGGGCAUUAAAUGUUACCACUGUACGGUGGCACCACCGAGCCGACAUCAAAACAACACCAAAACGCAACUAUGCUCCAAGUUUGACGAAUCUAGCUACUAUGAGGUAGACUGUCCAUGGUCGACCAUGUGCAUGAAGCGCAUUUUCAAGCUGAAGCUACUAAAGGGCGAACAAGAAACGGUCAGCCGAGGUUGUGCCCAGCAAAAGAACACAGAACAGGUUUACCGAUCCGGUUCCUGGACGCCGCAGCACAACAUCGAGGAACCGUACACGGAGGGAUGCCAAACGAUAGACGAUUCUACGUACUGCUUUUGCCGGGGGUCUCUGUGCAAUUCGGCUACGAAAACGACUGACCGAGCCAACUAUCAUACGGACGCGAUGGCCGUUAUUUUUGUGUUUAACGUAAUGAAGUACAUUCGCAGCGCAGAGUUCUGA